AUGCAAGCACAGCAGGAAAAUAACUAUUCCAGCAGUUCCUACACCAAGGAAGAAAUCAGCAAACUAGAAAGUCGCUAUCAGUUCUGCGGGCACCCUUUAAGGAUCACUCGGGACUUCAGCAGUAACCUUGGGAUAUCAGCAAUAAUCUGGGAAGCUGGCCUUGUUCUCUGCCGGUACUUUGAACAAGAAAAGAUCAGUUUUUCUGGGAAGAAAGUGAUUGAAUUGGGAUCGGGCACUGGGAUCGUAGGGAUUCUUGCUGCUCUACUAGGUGGAGAUGUAACCUUGACAGACCAACUGAUGGUUCUGAAUCAAAUACAGUUCAACAUCACCAACAACAUCCCUGUUUCCAUUCAGCAGCGUGCAAAAGUUUCUACUCUCCUUUGGGGUGAUAACCUGGAUCAGUUUCCUAUAAACUACGACUUCAUCCUGGGUUCAGAUAUUGUCUAUAAUUCACGGGACUUCCCUGCUCUGAUAAAGACCUUGCAGCAUCUGAGUAACCAAAACACUGUCAUUUACCUCUGUUCCAAGAUGCGUGAGAGCAUGGGAGCUAUUGAAUUUCACGAGAAGCUCCUCCCGCAACAUUUUAACACGGAAAUUGUUCAUAGGACUGCAGACAAAGAAAUCAACGUAUUCAAGGUGACCAAGAAAGGCCUUGAUGCCAUAGAGAACCCACUGAUGUAA